AUGACCAAGACUGUUGAUGAAGCUAAGGUUCUUAUUGAGAAUCUUGCAGCUAGUGAUUGUAACAACUGUCCUGAUUAUGACCGCUCAAGCCGCACCACUACUAGCUCCCCUGAUUCUUUUCAAAUGACUGAACUCAAGAACAUGAUGGCUCAAGUUCUUAAGGGACAGCUCAAGCAUAUCAAUGCAAUAGAAGGGAUGAGUGAUGCUAAUGAAGAUUCAUCAAGAGAAUGCAUGGGAGAUUUCUCUAAUGAAGCCAAUGAAGAAGAUGUGAACUACAUUGGAAACUAUGGGAACAAGGGAUACAAUCCAAGCUAUCGCCCAAACCCCAACAUGUCUUAUAGAAACCCCAAUGUGGAGAAUCCUCAAGACCAAGUGUAUCCUCCAAGGUAUCCACAACAACAAAGACCUCCUUACCAAUCUCAAGGAAGUCAAUUUCAGCCAAGGCAAGGAUAUGAGCAGAGAUCAUCAUAUCCGCCCAAGGAGCCAUAUGCUUCUUCACCAAAUCAAGCUCCUCCAAACCAACAAGGUGGGAGAUUUGAAGGAAUCCUCCAACAGAUCAUGGAUGGCCAGAAGAGAAACACUAAAGAGAUGUAUGAGAAGAUGGACACUUUGUUCAGCAAUCUCAACACCAAGUAUGAUGCUGUUGCCACUCAUGUGAAGAAACUAGAGACUCAAGUCACUCAAACUAUGGAAGCUGUUAAGAGACAGGAAGCUGAAUCCAAGAAGUCCUUUUGCAACUCAGCCGCCAUAGAAGAAAGAUUUGAAGACCAAGUUCCAGAAUGGAUGCUUUCAAAACCUACUGUUGAUUGCAUGAUUUGGCCUGAAGAGAAUUACCCAGAGAGAGAGUCCAAUCGAGCUAGAAAGAGAAGACUCUUCCCAAAGAUUAUCCCCAAGACAGAUAACUCAGGAAAGUUUGUGUGCCUUGUAUCAUCAAAGAUUGGAAAUUGCUCUAUCCCUACUGAUUUCCAGAUUGUGGAAAUGAGAGAGAGUAGCCAUAGACCUCUCAUAUUUGGAACCCCUUUCCUGUCUACUGUGGGUGCCAUAUUUGAUUUCCCCAAUCAAAGAAUCUCUUUCAACAAGGUGAACAAGGGUAUGUUCUUCCCUAUGUGUUCAACAAAGAACUCUUUUGUUGACAUGGUCCAAGAGGAGAAAGCUACUUUGAAGCCACCCCAAGAAGGAGAAACUGAAGAAACAAUCAAGGAAGAUCCCAUUCCUAAGCCCAAGCAGCUUGCCAAACAAGCAAGGAGUAAGACUAAGGCCCCUACACCAAAACCGCCCAAGGGAUCAACCAAGAUUGAAGAUGAGGCCAAGCCAAGAAGGAAGGUUAGAAAACCUAGGUCUGGCCGCAACAUGAAGCUUCUAUUCCCAAAGGAGCUUAUUGAUGAGAAUCUAGAAGGAUUCAAGGAGAGAGUGACAAGAACUCUAAAGCUUUUUCCUAAGGCAGUAGUGCCAAGGGACAUUCAUGGAGAGAUUGUCUAUCCAGCUGUGAAUCACCCACCAGAUACUCAUUGCAAGGAGAAAAGACUUGGAGGAUCAAAGAUGCCUCUUGUCUCCAUCUUCUCCUGA